AAUAUGCGCAGAUGCCAAUUCAUGUGACAUGCACUUCCGUUCACGUACAUGAAAAUUCUGACAAGUUGGAAACUGCUGUUUUCUACCGAAAUGUAACUAAUCUAGUGAUAAUAAGAAUAUUUUGGAAAUGGCAGAACAUCCUCCAGAUGGGACUCCCUCGGAGUCCGAGGCAAAGAGUCCCGCGGGAUCAAAGCUGGACAAUCUAUCCCGGGAAGAUUUGACAAAGUUUGUUAAGAAACAGAUGCUUCUUCUGCAGAAAACCAGGGCAAAAUGUGAAGAAUUGACUAAAAAAGUGACAGUGCUGGAAUCCCAGGCACAGCCAGGAGAAGGCAGGGGUAGUGGAGCUGGGACCAAUGAGAAUACUAAGGACUUAAGGGCAAAAAUUGAAGAACUAGAAAGUGAGAAGAAGGAAAUGUUGACUGCUUACAAUGCUGUGCAGUCCUCGCAGGAAUUGGCCGCCAACAAGUUACAGGAAAUGGAAAGUCAGCUAAAUGAGGCCAACAAAAAUCAGGAAGAAGUCAUGAAACAGCUGUCUAUUAGUAAACGGGAAAAGAAGGAACUUGAAGAUCAAAUUGAAUGUAUGAAAAUGAAGGAUGAGACUCUGAAUUCCUCUGUACACUUCAUGGAGCAGGAACAGACCCAGCUUCAGGAGGAAAUCAAGCAAUUGAAAGAACAAGUGUCAGUGCUGUCGGAUGCCAGGGAUGUGGUGAUGAAGAAACUGAAGUCGCUGAAGCAGCACCAGGUGACAAGUCAGGCAGAGUUUGAGGAGCAGAUAAAGCAGCUGACGGAGGGGAAACAGCAGUUGUCUACCCUUAUACAGACCCUAGAGACCGAGAAGCAGCAGGCAGAAGGACUGGCUACUGAGAGGGAAGGCCAAGUGAAGGGUCUGGGUGAAGAAGUGGAGAAACUGAAGUCCCAGCUUGAGGAGAGAGAGGAACAGAUGAAGCAGACUGGUGAGAAUGAGGAAAUGAUACAGAAGGUGGAAAACCUCGAAAAAAUUUGUCAAGAGCUCAAAGUUGAAAAUGAGAACUUGGAGACAAAGCUGAAAGAGCAGAGUGUGGAAGUGGAGAAGUUCAAGGCAGAAGUAAUGAAGAAGGAGGAACUGUUGAUACAGUCCUCAUCGGAGAUGGAGAAACUGAAAUCUGAAAUGAAUUUUACUACUGAGGAGCUUAAAAAGUCUCAGGAACUGUGUGUGAGUGAACAGAGAUUUAAAGAUGAUUUGCAGAGUGAGAUUGAUAACUUACAAUUCCAGCUUAAUGAACUCAAGAAUGAAAAGGAGGAGGAAUCUCAAAAAGAGGCUGUUGAGAAGCCCAAAGCAGGUACAAAGAAAAAUGGAAGGGCCAGUCCAAAGGGUAAUGGAACUACUCCUAAAACAACAGACGUCAGGAAGAAGUUACAGCAUGUCACAAGGGAGAAAGAACAGCUAGAGCAGGAAAUGAAGAGGAUGCUUACAAGGGAUGAGAGCUUAUCGUAUGAGGUUAGUGAAUUACAAGAAGAAAAGGAGAUGUUGAGGAAUGAUGUGCAAAAGAUGAAUGAACAGCUGGGAGAAUGGGAGCACAUGAUGCACAUGUUGCAGGAGGAUAAGAACAGGAUGAUGCAGGAGCUCGAUGAAGCAGACGCCAAGGAAAAAAGAGUUCUUGGAGAGCUGGAUCUUGUGAGGGAGAUGCUGGGAAUGGAGAAAAGGACAGAAAAGUCAAAAGAGGAGGAUGAAGAAGAGGAGACGAUUGAUGAUGGUGAUGAUGUGUUUGAAUCUGAUGAGGGUCCUGGUAUUGUAGUCACUGAGUUGGAAAAAGUGAGAGUGAAACUGAACGAACUUGUAUCUCACAAAAGUCAAAUGAAAGUAGAUUUAGAUAAUGCCUAUGCAAGUAAAGGAGACAGUGCUGUUGAAAUUCAAGCUGUUAAGAGGGAGUUAGCAACAAUGGCAUGCGAGAAGGAAUCAAUUGAGAGAGAAAAGGAGUCAUUAUCAGUGAUUAUCAAAUUGGCUCAGGAGAAGGAAAAGGACCUGAGUGAAGAAAACAUUAACUUGAAGGGAGUCAUUGAUCAGAAUGAGGGGGAGAAAUCAGAACUGAGGAGCAGAAUUCAGGAGCUUCAGCAGGAUAUUAGUGAAGUUAACAGCCAGAAACAAUCGCUUGUAGAAGCAGCAGACGACUUCAAGACAACCUUCAAAGAAAUGGAAGAGAAAGUGAAAGAGAGGCAAGCUUAUACUGAAGAGCUGGAGAAUAAGAUUUUAGAAAUGUCCAACAAUUUAGCAGAUGCACGUAAGAAACAUGAACAGUUUAUAGCUAAAAUGGAAGUGGAAGGAGAGUCAACCACAUCAAUGCUGCAAACAGAAAUCUCAGAUCUUAAGUCCAAGAUGGAGGAACUUGAAAAGGAUGUGGAAAACAAAAAACAGGAAGUGGAGACUGUGAGGGGUCAAAGUUCAGAAGUGGAGAAGAAGUUUGUGGAUGUUUCUGAGGAGUUGAGAAGUUUGAAAGAAUCCUUUGAAGUUUGUGAGAAAGAGAAAUCUGAGUUAUUGACUCAGGCGAAUGAACUGUGUAAAGAACAAUCAGAGCGAGAAGACAUAUCAGGGAAAUAUGACAGUCUGAAGUCCGACUUGGAUGCGAUGGAAACCGAAAAAUCUCAACUUUUGGAAACUGUCAGGCAGUUAAGUAAAGAAAAAGAUGAUCAAGCGUUAUUGCUAGAAAAGUUUUCUAUCGGUGCUCAGGAAUAUCAGCAGCAAAUUGAAAGUCUUAAACAUGAACUUCAAUCUGUGACUCAAAAUGCAGAGAAGGUGUUGCAAGAAAAGGACUGCGUAGAAACUGAACUGGUCCAGAAACUCAAUAACGAGAUUGAAAAGUUGAAGAAAGAGACAGUAGAUGCACAGAAAGAAAUUUCAGAUCUGCAGGAAAAAGUAAAGUGUAUUGAGGCUGAGAAAAGUGAAAUAAAUUCCAAGUUAAUAGAAGAGAAGGAAAAAACCUUGGAAAUUCAGAAUUCAUUAGAGGAAAUUUCGGCAAAGGUUGAAAGAUUGAAUGAAGAUUUCUCCAAUGUGACACAACAAAAAGAGGAACUGCAGAGAGACAUAGAGGAGAAAAUAAAUCAAAUGGAAGAUGCAAAGACUCGGUUGCAAACAGCAGAAUCAGAAAGAAGCGGUAAAAUUGAAGAGAUAGAAAAGCUGCAAAACAUGUUACAGGCAAUUGAUGCAGAAAACACAAAUAAAUUGCAGGAAGUUGAACACUUGAAAACUGCUUUGAAGAGUACUAAAGAUGACCAAGGUGAAAAACUCAAGGAAAUUGAAAAUUUGAGGAGUUGUUUACAAGUUUUGGAGUCUAAGAAAGAUGGAUUAAAGGAACUGACAGACAAGUAUGAAGAAGUGAGAAAUCAGAAUGAUAAACUUGUAAAGGAAGUGAAAUUGUUGACAGAGGAUUGUGGGAAAUCAAAGACUGAGUGUGAGACUCUUAGAGAGGAAAUUAGGACUUUUUCAGAGGACAUGAGUGGUGUUAAAAAUGAAAGAGAUGCAUUGGCAUCAGAGUUGGAGAAUCUCAAAUGUGAAAAAGAAAAUUUCACAAGUCUUCUAUCUCAGAAGGAAGAAGAAAUUCAAAGUUUGUGUUCCGUGAAAGAGUCUGAUAAAAGUGUCAUGGAAACAGAGAUUCAAAGACUUAAAAGUGAGCAAGAUGAAAGUGAAUCAAAAUUUCAAGAGCUGCAAAUUCAGUUUAGUAAGAAUGUGAAAGAAAAUGCUUCUUUAGAAGAGGAAAUUCAGGUGCUAAAGAGUCAACUAGACGAAAUGUCCAAACAAAAGUCAGAGGUGGAGGAAUUGUUAAAUGAAAUAAAGGGACAGAUAUCGGAGAAAGCUUCAGAUGAGAAUUUGAUGUCGCAAGAAAUUCAAAGGAAGAUUGAAAUGAUUAAAACAUUAGAAGAGGACAAGAAUGCAAUGGAAACAACCAUUACAGAGCUUCAAAGUGAAUGUGAGAGCUUAAAGAAUUCUUUGGAGGACAAAUCAAGACUGGAGAAGGACCUGCAAACAAAACUAGAGCAGGCAGUAGAGGAUUCGGCAUCACUGAAAGUGACAAACAGCGGACUACAGGAAACGGAGAAAGAGCUGAGAAGUGAGCUAUCAACCUUUGGGGAAAAAAUGGCGGAAUUACAAUCUGUGAACGAGGAUCUCACUGCACGACUCCGAGACUUCCAAGGAAAGGAAGAGGAGACUCAACAGAAAUCUGAGCAGGACUCGACUGAGGAGAAUAGAAGCUUGCAGCAGAAGCUGAAGGAGAAGGAGGAGAUGUAUAAUAAACUGAAGUCUCUGGCCAUGAAGAGCAAGAAAGAAGCUGGACAACUCAAAUCCAAGAAUGAUGAGCUGAUGAAAGAGAAGGAUGAACAAGUGAAGAAAUGUGAAGAUCUUCAGAAACAGUUGUCAGCCCUUGAAAGCUCGCAGAAAUCAGAUGUAGAGCAGAUUAAAAAUUUCCAGAUUUUACAGGAAAAGUUUGAUAAGUUAGAGUUGCAGCAUGAUUCAAAGGCAAAGGAGUCCGAAAGUUACAAGUCUGACCUUGAGAAGGUCAUUUCUGAGUUAGCUCAGAUCAAGGAAACAUUGGCUACAAAUAAAGAGGCUAAAGAGCAAUUUGCAAAGGAAGUUGACAGACUGAAAGGAGAGGUCAAGAAACAGGAAGCUGUUGUUACAGAACUGAAAGAGAAAUUGUCAUCAGCUGAAAAAGAAAAGGAUGCCUAUAGAAUCCAGAAAGAGGAAGUUAUAAAAGACAAACAGCAGGUACAGAGUAAGGUACAGGAAUCGGAGGAGAGACUGAAGAAGGAAGGAGAGAAACACAGGAGUGUAGUGACAGGCCUCCAGGCUCAGGUACAGGAGAUUCAGCGACGACUGGAGCAGGCCAAGCAGGAGGCCAAUCAGAGUAAUAUGAUGGACCUGGAGAUCGCAGACUAUGAGAGAACUGUACAGGCUUUGAAUAACACCAUUUCUGAGAAAGACACCGCCAUUACCGACCUGAAAGGGGAGGUACAGACACUAGAAGAGAGACGCAAGGUUCUGAAGGACCAGAUAGAUGCUGUGGAGGAACAGAGAGUACAAGCAGAAGACAGGGCCAACAAACUGAAGCAGAUGUUGGUCAAAACCAAGAAAGAUCUGUCAGAUGCCAAGAAAAUGGAAUCUGAGCAACGGUCAUCUGAUGCCCAGUUAAGAGGUCAGCUAGAGGGCUUGAACCAACAGGUCGAGGAAAGCAAGAUACAGAAUGGGGAGCUGGCAGCAGAGAAACAAAAAUUACAGGACAAGUUACGAUCCCUGACCGAUUCCAACCAGCGGACGAUUCGGUCUCUAGAGGGGAGGAUCCAGUCUCUUCAGGAUGAUCUGGAGGUCACCAGGAGUGAGAUGAAGGCUGUACAGGCAGAGUAUGAUGGCUACAAGGUGAGAGUGCAUAGUGUUCUGAAACAGCAGAAGAAAGGAAGUCAGGAAUCGGCAGCCAGCGAAAGUGAGAAAUUGGAAAGAGAAAGACUGGAAAAGGCUGUUGAACAACUGAAGACAAAGAUUCAGGAGCUAAGUGACAAGCUGAGGAUGUCGGAGACCGACAUGGAGGUCCAGCAGGAGGAGAAUAGUCACUUACUGGGUCGCUACAACAAACUGAUAGCGGACAUGCAGGAGAAGGACAACACUACAAGGAGGAGACUGGAGGAUAUGGCCCAUGAGAAGAGUCUGCUUAUGAAGGAACAAAAAGAAGCCGCCAGACAGCUGCAUCUCCAAAACGAGACUCUUACAUUGUCCUUCAAGGAUCAAAUUCAGUCUCUUCAAGAGGACCAGAGCCACGCCAUCAACAUGCUACAAAUGCAGAUAGACUCACUGGAGCGUGAAAAUGCCCGUCUCCAGAAGGAGCUUCAGCAACAGAUGUCAAAGGUCAUGAACCUGCGCUCAACAGCGGCUACAGAGAGGCAGAGUCCCGUGUCCGCAGGAAUGGAAUAUUUAGUCCAUGACAUCAGACACGAAGAGAGGCAGGAAGGGGAGGGAUCUGAAAUUGUGGAUCCAGAACCGUGCUCUAAGGGGGUAACCAAGCCCUCUCCCCUACCCCUGGAUAGACUUCUGUCAACGGGUCCGGAGGACACAGUACACCCCAAAGAGGUGACUGAGGUGGAAAUGGAAACUUUGAAAGAGAACUUGUCCACGGCUCACAAACGUAUUGAACAUCUCACUGAGUUGUCUAGUGAGAAUGAGGCUACCGUGAUGAGAUUAGAGGAGCAAGCUAAGAUUUUGAAGGAGGAAAUCCGUCGGCUGGAGCGAAACCAACAACGUGAAAAGGAGGCGGCAAAUAUGGAGUAUCUCAAGAACAUUCUCCUGAAGUUCCUAAGUCUGAAGGUCGGAGACGAGAGGCAGCAGUUGGUCCCUGUACUGACAACGAUGCUGAAGCUCAGCCCUGAGGAAAAGUCCACUCUGGAUGUAGCCGCACAGGGAGAAGACAACUCUGCCAGUCAGCAACAGCCACAGCAGGGUGGUGGAUGGGGAUCUUAUUUACACCGCUGGUCAGGACUGGUGUGAGGGUCCAGCAGGUCAGCGGACGGAAGGUCGUAUCUACAUCGAUGUCAGGACUGCAGGAAAUUGGGAGAUUCCAAACAGAAAUGAUAUUAAAGUGGUGUGAUGAUGGAAUAAAAGUAAGCGGUAUGAGACAGAAAUCUGUCUGUGUGAUUGAAAUCCCCGUGUGGACAUUAUGUACAAUCUCGGUACAGUUCAGUGGAUGUCUAAGUAUUAGGAUGUUAGCAGUGUUUCUGAUGGUUCCUGUUACAUUCCACCUGUUCACAAUGGUCAUUUCCAAAUGCAGAGAUGACUGCCAUCAAGCUUUUCCAUGCGUUGGAAGUUUUUGUGUUUACUUUUCUGCUUCACCAUACAUUCCAUUCUUUCAUCGAGACUGCCAAGGAAGAGAGACGCCUAAUCUGAGUUCCAUUUUAAUAUUUGAUCCAUUCCUGACCAUUAGAUCAGAUUUUCAGUGGGUUUUUAUUUUGUAUACGUGUGUUUUUCUUGUGUUGAGUGUCAAGCACAAACAAGAUGGUUAAAAGAGACAAUAUGUCAGUAGCCAUGGUAACAGUCACUGAAAAUUCUGUACAUUGUGUUUAGCUGUCAACAAUUUGAAUUUGGCACCUUGGGUGUUUGUUCAGGUUUUAUUCUUUUUUUUUAUCUGUUUUACUUUAACAAGUAUGCAUCAAUUUUUGAAUUUAUUUUGAAAGUAACACAAAUUUAUUAUGAAAUUUGGAGAAGGGGAUGGGUAUUGCAUUCCUUUUCAGAGAUUUAUGGUCUCCAUAUGUUCAUUCAUUCACUAGUAAACAGGUUCAUAAAGAUUCAGGUACAAAUAUACAUUGUAUUGGGAUUUGAAUAAUAAAAAUUAUGGUAUUGUUAUUAUUCAUUUCAUAAUUAGUUAUCAUUAGUAUUGUAAUAUUCAUGAAAUCUUAUCUGCAUAAUCUUGGACCAAGUGUCAUGUACUGUAUCUACAUAAUCAUUGAUAAAGGUUUGAUGUUGGGUGUUUUGUAUUUUAUGACUGAGGUUAGGAUUUAAGAUAGCAGAUUGUUGAAGCACAGAGCACGUCGUGUGCUAAAUAGGUUCGUAGAUCUCGUAAAUAAUUUUUAGAAUAUUAGGAUAGGCCUUGGACAGAAUUUUUAACUCAGCAAAGUAAAAUACAUAUAUUUUCCUAUCAAAUAGAUGUAAUUCGAACCGAGAUUAAAAAAUAUGGCAGUCCGGUGUUUAAUUUACAAUGUAGUUUAUUUAUUUCUUUUGUGAAAUUUAAACUGUUUAAAUCAACUAGUCAGUGCUCUCGUUUUUAUGCACUUCAUUUUUCGUGUUUGAAGCAAGGAAAGUUGUGCAAUGCUUUUAAACGUUCGACUCAAUUGUAACAGAUAUAAACUGGGAGGCUGUUAGUCAUGUAUUGGAAGAAUGUUGGGAGAUUUUUAAAAAAAAUUCUAUAAAUGCAUUAAUGUCCAGUUUACAAGUCAUUGUGGAUCUUGCAUGUAAGUGUAUAAAGUACUCAAAAAACCAGAUAUGUGGUUGAAAAAUUUAGAAAGUACGUUGUAAUUCAUAAAUAUGCAAAUUAGCUAUAUACAAAGGAAAAUUUGUGUUAAUGAGGUUUAAUAAAUCAUAACUAUGUCUUAAGUGAUGUGCCCCAGUAAGGAGGGAACACUUUUCCUUGAAAAGCUUUCUAGCUUGAAUAAUUUUCAGAUUUGUAGCCAUCUCCUUGGCCUUUAUCAUGGAAAAGGCUUCAAAAAUUAUUCAGUAAGAAUGCAUUGCAUUGCCUGGUAACAUUUCAUCCAGUCUGCAUUUAAGUUUAGUAAGUUUUGAAUGUUUUAAAAAGCAUUUUUUAUUUAUUUUUGGAAAUGAAAGCACAAAUUAAUUUGCAUAAUUGUUGCAUUUAGUUGUUAACCACACUGGUCUUUCAGAGUGCAAUAUUGUGAUAACAUAAUAAAGUGAUAUUUCUUCUAAA